AAAGCCAACAAACACAUGGAGGCUGCAAAAGUUUGAGCUCAAAGUACAGAGAAGAUCUACACCAGAGAUGGAAAUGCAGCUUCCACCUCAUGAGGGAGACGAGCUCUCAGUGGUCGACAUGCACACAGGUGGAGAGCCUUUACGGAUCAUCCACAGUGGCUACCCAGAGGUCAAAGGUGACAGCGUGCUGUCCAAACGCCGCUAUGUCCGAGAACAUCUGGAUCACCUCAGGAGGGUGCUGAUGUUCGAGCCCCGGGGACACUAUGACAUGUACGGAGCCCUGAUCGUGGAGAGCGAGCUCCCUGAGGCUGAUCUGGGGGUUCUGUUCAUGCACAAUGAGGGGUACAGCACCAUGUGUGGACAUGCCGUCAUCGCACUGGGACGCUUCGCCGUGGACUACAAACUGGUGAAAGAACCAAAGUCACCUGAGACUCAGGUGAACAUACACUGUCCCUGUGGGCUGGUGAAGGCGUUUGUCGAGUACUCUGAGGGUAAAACAGGAGGUGUGAGGUUUCUCAGUGUGCCGGCGUUCGCCUUUGCUACAGAUGUGACGGUGACAGUGGAGAAGUUUGGUGAUGUGACGGUUGACAUCAGCUAUGGAGGAGCCUUCUACGCCUUUGUAGACGCCCAGAGGUUUGGCCUCGAUGUGACCAAGUCCAGGACCCGAGAUCUGGUGGACGCAGCUACAGCGGUGACCAACGCUGUCAAAUCUCAAGUGAAGUUGCACCACCCAACCAGUGAUGAUCUGGCUUUCCUUUAUGGCACCAUCCUCACCGACGGCAAAGAUAAUUAUUCGUCUGAUCCCACUGCUAAUAUCUGUGUGUUCGCUGAAGCUCAGGUUGACCGGAGCCCCACUGGUUCUGGUGUAACAGCCCGCGUGGCUCUUCAGUAUCACAAAGGUCUCAUCCAGCUCAACCAGAGCAGGACGUUUCAGAGUGGAGCCACCGGAUCCCAGUUCACAGGGAAAGCUGUCGAGGAAACCAGGUGCGGCGACUUUAAGGCCGUGGUGGUGGAAGUUGCCGGCAGAGCUUUUUACACCGGGGUUUCUCGCUUUGUGCAGGAGCCAGAUGACAAGCUGACGCAUGGUUUUCUGCUGAAAUGAGACUCAAAUGACAAGUUAUUAAAUAUGGUCAUACAUGAAAAAUGUUAAAUAUGGUCCUACGGUACUUUUGUAACUUAGAUACACUAUGCAGGAUUUUUCUAUAAACCCCCCCUGGCAUUUC